GUCUGGUUAAAACGUUCGACAUCAUGAGAUUUAAGGGGCUUGUUGUUGCUGCGAUGAAGGGACUGAGUGAACCCGGACAACACGUGCAAUGAUAUUUCCCGAUAAUAAGUUUAUCAUGAGCGAAAUUAUUCGGGAAACAAAGGCAGACAAACAUGGUAUACUGCUCCAGGACGAGGUGGGGAAUACCCCAAGACGAGAGGGGAGAAAACUGGCUGGGGGUUGUGCGAGGUUACUUUUGAAUGUUGGAGGGGUAAGACAUGAAACGCAUGUGUCGACCCUCCGUAAUGCACCUAAUACUCGACUCGCUAGAUUGGCUGAAAAUCACCUGGAAUCCGGAUGUAAAACUGAGGAGUAUUUUUUUGAUCGACAUCCAGCUGUUUUCAAUUCUGUUAUUGAUUAUUACCGAACAGGUGAGCUCCAUGUGCCAUUAGAAGUUUGCGGUGCCGUGGUGAAAAGAGAACUGGAUUUUUGGCAGAUUAAUCAGUAUAAGAUUAAAGCGUGUUGUUGGCGACACUACAGAUCGUAUAUCGACAACCAGCGGAUAUUAGAAUCGUUCAACAACAGUUUAUUAAAGGAAAAUGUUAAUGUGAAUUUAAAUGGCUUGGAAGGGUGGUUAAAAAUACGAACUAGAGUCUGGUUGAUUCUGGAACAUCCGAGAACAUCUACUACUGCCAUGGUUUAUGGUAUUACGUCAUUUCUUUUCGUCAUGUUGUCAAUAGCUGGAUUCUGCCUAGAAACACUUCCGGAUCUUCGACCAGUUAAAAACGUCACCAAGUCAUGUGAUGGUGAUGAAACAGGAGAACCAAUCCCGAACGUGAUCAGCUCUGACGAAGCUCUGAACGUUGUGGAUAUAAUUUGUACCAUUUUCUUCACUCUGGAGCUUAUAUUCCGUUUCAUAUUUUCUCCAAAUAAAAUUAAAUUUGUGCGCUCAGCGAUGAACAUUAUUGACCUUUUGGCGCUGGUUCCGUUGUAUGUGCAAGUCUUCUUCAUGCAGUCAGAUCUCCAGGCGUGUUAUUUGAAUGAACGUUUUGUGAUAGAGGUUAUGUUUAUUUUGCGUAUUAUUCGAAUGUUUCGUAUCUUCCACUUAGUCAAACAUUAUCAGGCAUUAAAGGUUUUGGUGUAUGCGAUAAAAGCUAGCAUUCAGGAACUCUUAAUGCUUUUCAUAUUUCUAAUGAUCGGCAUGCUCGUGUUCGCUACUAUGAUUUACUAUGCAGAAAGAACAGACGCUUUAACCCCUAGUGAUAAAUUCAAUACAAUUCCGAUGGGAUUCUGGUGGGCUAUAAUUACCAUGACAACGGUCGGAUAUGGUGACGUGUUUCCAACGCGGCCAAUCGGAUAUGUCGUAGGAACUGCGUGUGCUGUGAGUGGUGUUCUACUCGUAGCUUUGACUAUUCCCGUUAUUUCGAAUAAUUUCUCGCUUUUUUAUACGCACGUGCGCUCACGUGCUGGUGUUCCUCCGGAGGCGAACAUACCGGAAACAAGCUUGGAACAUAUAGGGAUGGAAGACCGACGACUGUCCAACGCAUCCACGAUUACGGAACCAUUUAUGAAUGGAAAAACUCAGUAUCAUGAAAAUGGGACGCACCACCAAGUGUAUGUGCCAAUUGCAAAGUUUUCGGAAUCAAAUUCAAUGACAGAUAUUAUUUUACAACGCGAUACGUCAGAAUAUCAGUUCAAACGAUCUACAUCAGCUAAAGCGCACUCUGACGACGGUGUCCAAUACCAAGGGGAGUCAAUCAUAUGA